AUGCAUGCUGUGAGCCUACCGACCAGCACUGUGCGCCGCAGGAUUGAGCUGGUCAGCUGGAAGCCGCGUGCGCUGCUGCUCCACGGCUUUUUAGCGCACUCAGAGUGCGACCACAUGAUCUCGCUGGCAGAGGCGCGGCUGGAGCCCAGCAAGGUGGUGUCACGUGACGGCUCCGGCAAGCUGGACAGCGUGCGCACCAGGCAAGGGCUCAGCAGCUCCGGCACCUUCCUCACCAAGCGCCAGGACAGCGUGGUGGCCGGCGUGGAGGACCGCAUCGAGCUGGCCACCCACCUGCCCUUCUCACACAGCGAGCAGCUGCAAGUGCUCAAGUACGAGCUGGGCCAGAAGUACAGUGCUCACUACGAUGUGCACGGCAGCAACGAGCAGGCGCAGCUGGCGAUACGGCGGGGGGAGCAGGGCGGGUCGCGGUACGCCACCAUGCUCAUGUACCUGUCGGAUGUGGAGGAGGGAGGGGAGACCUCGUUCCCGCACGGGCGGUGGAUAGACGAGGGGGCGCAGGCGCAGCCGCCGUACUCAGAAUGCGGCUCCCGGGGGGUGGCGGUGAAGCCACGCAAGGGGGAUGCCAUCCUCUUCUACUCGCUCAAGUCAGAUGGCCAGAGCAAGGACUUUUUCAGCCUGCACGCCGGCUGCCCGGUGGCCAAGGGGGUGAAGUACAGCGCGACCGCCUGGAUCCAUGUGGAGCCCUACUCCAACACAGGGCCGCUGCACCCAGGCUUCUGCCGAGACAACAACGCCAAGUGCCCGGAGUGGGCAGCGCUGGGGGAGUGCGAGCGCAAUGUGGUGUUCAUGAGGGGCAACGGCACGUACCGCGGCCACUGCCGCCUGUCCUGCAAGGUCUGCCAGCCGUGCGCGGCAAACGACGAGGAGUGCCUGCAGAGCAACCUGAGGCCGGCGGAACGCGGCGCACUGCGGCAGGGAGCAGCCGGGGGCAUGGCAGCGGCAAAAUGA